GUCGAGAUUGAUAUUAUGAGAAACUAUACUACAGCGGCACUAAAUCGGGCAGUUGUCGUAUGUGCAAUUCGUCAGGCGGGAGAGGUGGCAUGACGGCGCCCGCAGAGGUAUUUCCCCACGAGAGCGCGUCACGACCGAGCUUCCCUUCCCAAGACUAAGUUAGAACAAAAGAGGCCCAGCCACCUCCUUCCAUUCAGGAUUAUUCCAAGGAUAUAUAAGGACGGGGGACACGGACAAGCUUUCCCUCCUCUCAAAGUUUUUGGCACACCACCACCACACCCUCCUUCGUACCACACUGCUCUUGAGAGAGUACGGCAACCAACGCUCAAGCCUCUUCCACUGCCUCCACCGACACCAAAUAACAUACAAGCAAAAUUUAAUCAUGGCACCGGCAGUCACCUCUCCAGGAGUAACCCCUACAGCAGUCUCCACCGCGGACAAACGUGUCCACCCAGAAUCCGAAAUCAAGGAAAAUGGGAUGUCCCCUGAGCAAAUUGCAACGGAGAAGGAGCUUCAGCAUCUCCUGAACAUCCCGCCAAUCUCUUUGGGUGACAACGCCGAGACCAACUCACGAACCACUCACACCAGACCCGAAGGCGAUGACUCGUACCCCGGACCAAAAAGGAACACCUCAGUCAGGGUUGAAGGUGGAAACGGCAAGGAGAGGCCGGCGGAUGAUGCCGCUGCCAUCGUGUCGUCUGAAGGCGUCGACGGCGAGACCUUGGUUGUUGUUCCCACAGAAUAUGUCUUCAUCUUUUCCAACCCGAAAUCCGGCAACCAACAAGGGCUGCCUCUUGUUCAAAUGAACAUCCAACACUACCGAAUGCGUGAUAACCCGCACGUACAGGUCCAGCUGUAUGACUUCCUCGACGAGAAAGACAGAUCAGCCGGAUUGAAGUACCUCCACCUGCUUCUUACAAAACAAAAAUCCAUCAAGAAAUUGCACGUCUGGAGUGCAGGAGGAGAUGGGACGUUGAUUGGAGUUGUUGAAGGGAUGAUUCAGAUGGGACUUGAUGUCGAACAUGACGAACGCAUUUUCUUCAGCGUCAUUCCAUUCGGUACUGGAAAUGACCUUUCUCAAGUUCUCGGUUGGGGUCGAUACGUGGCUGGCAGCGAUGUGGCCGGAAAACAUCUGGAAGGCUUGAAUAAGAUCGUUCAAGAUCGUUUGAACGGCCACGUAACGCUGUUGGACAUCUGGGACGUCGAAUUGGAGACUGCUGAAGGCGGUUGGGUGCGCGAAGCCGGCAAGGAAAAGACCCGCACCGUGAGGCGCAAGAUGUCCAACUAUUCGUCGAUCGGUCUCCAAGGUCGCGUCGGGCUCGGGUUCGAGGAGAACCGUCGCGGUUCUCGUGUCAAGAACGCCAUGGAGUACAGUCGACAGUCACUCGGUGUCUUGGUACACGGUGCACCCCCAAUCACCAACUGCGUUAAGGCGCUUGUAGCUGCAGGCGAUCGCUUCGAGCUCGACGGCAACAAGAAGCUGCGUGUGACGCACGAACCCAUCGAGAUGGUCAUCCAAAACAUCCCAGGGAUGUGGGGACGACACGUCGAUCUGUGGGGAGUGGCUGAAAUGUCCAGAUCCAUCGUCCGCGAACAGAAAGGCGCCACCGACAUUUCCAAUUGGACGCCUCACUGCGCAUAUGACGGCAAACUGGAAGUCUUCGGUAUCGGUUCCUUACGGUCGUACUUCCGCAAGCAGUUCUCGUUCGGCCGAAAACAUCUUCAACGGGUUGGUCAAAUGCCAUCGCCUUUCAGCAUCGAGUUCAUCCCCGAAUCCACCUUCCACGCCAUGAUUGACGGCGAGUUUUACGAAACCUACAACGCCACCAAUAUCACAUACAAACGCAUCCUGCAGAUCAAGCUGAUUGGGAGUGACCCAGAACACAGCCGCCUCGUCAGCGAUCUUCUGAAGAAGAAGUCGGAGUUGCCAGGGCCUACAGGCGAAGGCCGUGAACCAGGGGUUGACUUUGUCGUUGGAAAGACCGAGUACGCCGAAGAGACACCUCACGACAGGCUCGAGCGACGAAUGAGCGACGAGCUGGUGGGGCAGAGGAGCCGGGAGGGAACACCGAAGGAAGGGCAUUCCCGGGCGGAAACGCAAACGAAAAGUGCGGGCGAACCAAAAGUACCGGAGGAUGUUGAUGUUCCGGAUGCAGCUCGUUAGGCGGAUCUAGAUUUUUGUGGAAGAACCUCAUAUCCUUACACCGUGUAUAUGCUCCACAUACAUAAGAUACAAUAUCCUUCUACUCUUUGCCUUCUUCCCUUUUCUUCUGUAACUGUAGUCACUUUAAUAUUUGAUAUUACCUUUUUUGAACAAAAUUGUCCUUGAAGAAUAGAAACUCACAGACCAGUUAUUUUG